UUUAGCCAAUAUGGCGAGCAAAAAGUUUGUUCAAUACGUAGCGAUAAGGAAAGACUUGUCUGUCUCCAUGAAAUGGCCAACUGGUGCAGUAAUUGCUCAAGCUUGUCAUGCUUGUACGGCUGUUGUAUUUUCGUUUCGCGAUGAUCCCUACACGCAAGAAUACACGAAGAAUUUGGACUCAAUGCACAAAAUUGUGGUCGAGGUUGCUGAUGAAGAAUCUUUGUCAAAGUUAUCACAGUCUUUGGAUAGAAAUAAAAUGGACUUCAAACUGUGGGUUGAGCAACCAGAGAACUAUCCCACUUGUCUAGCUACAAAACCAUAUCCACGAGAGGAGGUAUCAAAAUAUUUCAAAGGGUUCAAGCUAUACCAGUAGAGCGAGCGAUUUAUGGUAAAUAUUACGAGAGGAGAUCUAAAACCUAGCUUCACUUCCAAGUUUGAUCUUAGCUGGCAUCAUAGCUGAAGCUAUUGUAGUCACCUGUUUGGCAUGUUUUUAGUGAAAAAAUUUGAAGUCUUUUAGUUUUUAUGGCUUUGUUUGCAAUUGAAAAAGGUUUUAACUGUCUACCUUGAGUACAAAAAUGGUAUAUCUAAAUUUGGCAUCAUAAAUGAUAGUUUACAAAAUAAUAGUAUAAGCACAGUGAUCCUUUUGUACCCUUAUCAAUUUUAAUCCUUAGUUAUCUAUUCAUCUCUGUACCUGCUUCGAUUUUUUAUAAUUAUUUUUGUAUCACUCUUUUCCUUUCAUGAAAAGUUAAUACCUGUCAAUCAAAUGACUCAUGAUUUGAGAUGGCCCCCUACUAGAUAUUGUACUAUUAUGUUACACUGAAUAUUGGGUGUAAUUGAAUACGAUUUAUACAUUAAGGAAAUCUGUAUUUGGUCACAUGAAAACAAGCACGCCUCUUUUAAAUUCCUGAUUUGAUUUCGUCGUCUGAUUGUUUAACAAAACAGUUUUAACAUAACAAAAUUAUUGAUGUUAUCAUUAUAAGCGUCAAAACGCGAGCAAAAAAUAACUUUGGUUAAGUCAAUAGGCAAACAAAGUAUUAUCUUAGGUCCAUGUGGAACUACAGCGAUCGACGUCAAAAGAUAUUUUAUCAAAAUAUUUGUCGUCUCAAAGCUCAAUUCGCAUGGCGAAAUUUGAUGCUUGUGAAACAGAGCUUCUAAAACCAAGUGUCUUGAAGGAAGGUCAUCUGUUGAAAAUUGGACGAAAGUUGAAGUUACCUAAACUACAUUAUUACGUACUAAAACCAUGUGGAGUAUAUUGUUUUGGUACCAGAAAUAACGAUAUACCUCAUACUUAUAUACCGCUCGAGCCGAUCGAAGAUUUAUCUUUGUCUCUUGGCACAGUAAUUGAAUCAAGAACUCGUCUUCAUUGUAUUAAGAUUGCGGAUAAACGCAAACAGCAUGUACUUGCCUGUCAUUCAGUCGAGAUCCGCGAUUCAUGGAUUACCGCCAUUCUCACGGCUAUUGCUCAAAAUAUCGUAUAUGAAAGCGAGAGUGAACUUCGUCGAAGUUUAGAUUCGUCAUUGAACUCUGACGAAACAGAUGGUGUGUUUUAUGACGCCUAUUUUACAUCACCUUUCUGGGUUGCAGGCGAUCGCCCUAAAGUAAAAUCCAGAGCUAAGCGAUUAUCAAUGGCUGACUUAGGAAUCAUAUCUAAACCAGCAUGGAUGAAUAGGGGAAGUAAGAAGAAAAAGGAGCGCUCAAAAUCUCUUUCCUUUGAUGAUCUUCAUUCCAUUAACUCUGCUGCUGAAGUCAAAACACAGUUCUUUAGAAAAAGAUCAUUACAUGAUCUCACCCGUUAUUUGUUCACUUCUUCUACUAACAAAAAUGAAAUUGGUGCGGAUGGACAUCAGAAAACAAAAUAUGUAAAGAAGCGAUGGUCGUUAUUUUCUGGAGUAUCGUCCCUCUCAGUUAGCCUAGGAGGAGGAAUUGAUGAGUCGGAAAGAAAAAAAUUGCGCACUGGUUCAUCUUCUCCUAAGGAAUUGAGUGUUGAUACGAAGUUAUAAACACUGUUGUUUAUAUGGAGCUGUAUAAAUCAAUCUUUGAAACUUGGAAGCGCGCAAUUUACGAUAAGAUAACACGUUGUAAAGAUUGGAUAUGAUGUUUGAAUCAUCCUUCCACUUGAGUCAUUUUUCUUCCAUCCUUAUACCAUACCUAACAUUUUACUUUAAAUUUGAGCACUUAAGUUCUUGGCAGCUGCAAGGAAUGAAAGAACGAACUAUUGAAGAAUACGAAAAAUAAAUAAAAAAAUGAAUAUAGUUGUAAUGAUAAAAUACUCAAGCAAAACAUAGUCAUAGUAUAUUUUGAGGUAAAAAACAAUGUAUAAUUGUCAUGUGCUAAAUCCGAAAAAGUUGAUUCUCUUAAACGGAGGAAAACGAGUUGA